AUGAAGCAUGCGUCUCGAAUUAGUCUUCAAAUUUUGGGAGUUUGGCCUGAUCCAGAGAAAAAUGAACAAUUAGCAACGUUUCACUUUUUUUCAAUGGCAGCAUAUCAAUUCAUUGGUGUUAUUCUACUGCAAACAAUUAAAUUAAUAAUCACAUGGGGAGAUGUGGAUGCAAUGAGUGAAAUUCUCACUUGUGCAUUAUUGCUAGUGGUAUGUGGUUUGACGAAAAUCAUUGCCCUUUGGUAUUAUAAGAAACAAUUAUUAGAAAUCCUAUCGAGUAUCAUUCAAGACUGGAACAAUUCAAAAACAAAAGAGGAACUCGAUAUAUUGAAAAGACAUGGUUAUUUUAGCAAGAAAAUAUCAAUUAUUUAUAUUGUUAUGGCCAUGGGUGCAAGUGCAGCACGUAUUUGUCAAAUAACAUACAUGAAUGCAGAUUUUUGGUUUAAAAAUCAAUUAAAUGCAACGCACUAUUUAUCAAUGGAAGCAUAUUUUCCAUAUGAUAUUGAACCAAGUCCAAUUUUUGAAAUAACAUUUUUUGUCGAUUAUAUGGCGGCAUUCUUUGGAAACUUAAGCAAUUGUGGAACUGACAGUUUAUUUUUUCAAAUUGGUUUUCAUUUUACUGCUGUAUUUCAAAUUUUACACUUGAAACUUAUGAAUAUUGUUACUGAAAUUAAAAAUGAAAAAAUUGAUUUCAAUGCAAGAUUACGUCACAUUAUUGAAAAGCAUGAGGAAAUUAACAGAGGUCUUGGACUUCUUCAAGAUAUAUUCUCGAUAAUGCUACUGGUUCAAUUAAUGGCUCAUAGCGUUCUAUUCUGCAUGCAGGGUUAUAAAUUGAUACUUAGUAUAAGACUUGGUGAAUCUGCUUACGAAUGCAAAUGGUUUCAUUUGCCACCUAAAAAGGCAAGGAACCUUAUUAUUAUUAUCUUACGGAGUAGAAAACCAAAGGAAUUAACUGCUGCUAGGUUUUAUGUAAUGAAUAUGGAAAAAUUUGGUAACAUUUUAAAAACGUCAAUGGGAUAUCUGUCACUGCUACUUACAUUAAAGAAAGCCUAAAAAUAAAAGAGAACUGGAAAAGUUAGUAUUCAUAUGAAAACAUACUUAACAUUUUGAUC